AUUUCAAUGACUGACCAAAACAUUCCAAUUUAUAGAAGGGGAGUUGAAGAAGUUGUAAAAAAAUCUGUGGAUGAAUAUGGAAAAUAGAAAUGGGACAUAGAACAUAAAAUAUUUGAUAAAGUAAGCUUAAAAUAAUUAAUUAGUAAGAACGUGAAGAUGAAGAAUAUGAUAAGAAUAAUCCUAGAUAUACAAAAUCAUUGUAAGCCCGUACUGAUUCAGUGGGUAUUGAUGAAUAAAUUGGAAAAAAGAGGAACGUAGUGAAGGAGGGAUUAAAAAAAGAUUAGAGCGGCUUUUAUUGUGAGUUAUGUGAUGAAUUGGCUACAGAUAGUUUAUCGUGGUUGGAUCAUUUAAAUUCUAUAAUGCAUAAUCGAUUGCUUGGAAUGAAUAUGAAAGUUGAUAAAGUGACAGCUACUGAUGUAAAAGAAAAAUUACAAUUAAUUAAAGAUUCAACUAAGAAAAGUUAAAUAUAAGCUUAAGAAAAACCAAAAUCAAUAGAAGAAAUCAGAAAAUAGUUAGAGGAAUAAUUAUAAAAGAAAAAAGAAAAGAAAUAAAAAAAACAAUAAAGUAAAUUAUUGGACACUACAUUAAAGAAUAAUUAAUAAGAAAUUGAUUAAGAGGAUUUAAAGUUAAAGUAAUUUUUAAAAAAAUGA